AUGGCAGCAGAGCAAAGGAAGCUGCUUGAGCAGCUUAUGGGCGGUGGAAUGGCAGCUAGGUCCUCCCAGAUCUCCCUGACCGACCCCAAAGCCUGCCGCUCCUACAUCGCCGGCACCUGCCCACACGACCUCUUCACAAAUACGAAGCAGGACCUCGGCCCCUGCCCAAAAGUCCACUCCGAGGCCCUCAAGGCCGAGUACGAGGCGCUGCCCGAGCCCGAACGGAAGCGCUACGGCUUCGAGCACGACUACAUGCGGGACCUGCAGAAGUACAUCGACGAGUGCAACCGGCGCAUCGACGUGGCCCAGCGGCGGCUGGAGAAGACGCCCGACGAGAUCCGCCAGACCAACGUGCUGCUCAAGUCCAUCUCCGACUUCUCCGCGACGAUUAACAACGGCCUGCUGGAGGUGGAGAUCCUCGGCGAGCUGGGCGAGGUCGGCCGCGCCUACGACGAGUUCUUCAGGGUCCGCCAGGCCCAGCAGCAGAAGGCCGAGCGCGAGAAGGAGCUCAAGGCCCUCAGCGACACCUCGGGCCCCUCGGGCCACCAGAAGCUGCAGGUCUGCGACGUCUGCGGCGCGUACCUCUCGCGGUUGGACAACGACCGCCGGCUGGCGGAUCACUUCUACGGGAAGAUGCAUCUCGGGUACGCGCAGAUGCGUAAGACGUUCGACAGCUUCCCCAAGGAGAUGAGAGGAAGGCCGAGGCCGAUGCCCAUGGGCGACGGCGGUGAUAUGGAGAUGGGAGGCGUGCCGACUGGACCGGGAGGCGGUGGGGACUGGGGCCGUGGCCCAAGAGGCCCGAGGGGUGGCGGAGGCGGGUACAGAGGCCGGGGAAGAGGCUAUCGUGGCGGUUGGUAG